UGACAGCAGUGGGCAGCGGAAAGCAGUGUUACCGCGGGGAUUUGAGUUUGGCUGAGUGCAGCUUCCCCCCAAAGCCCCCUGGAACCGCAGGACUUCCCUGACAGUGUAUGGAGCGCUUUGUGCUGGUGGUGACCUGGGAUAGGGGGACUGAGGAGGCCAAGGACAAGAAGCUCAUACCUGCAGGUUUUGCAAAUGUCCAGGAGCUUCAUAACCAACUGAAGGAGUACUGUGCCAAAUACACAAACACAUUCACAGCCUGUUCAGUGACCGGUAUUCCGGUGGUAAGGAAGUGGUUCUUUGCUUUGCAUGCUGUUUGUGGGUCUUUCCAGUUCUGUAGCUCUGACUGGGAAGACUUGUCUCCGCCUCCUGCAUCAGACGAUGACAUUGAUCCUGCUCCAACUACAAUUGAAGAAUGCUUAAAUGCUAUUCACAACUCGGAGGAGGAAGAUGAGGAGAACAGCAGAGACUCUAUUAGCCAAACUAGUUUAUUUGAAGAGUCUGCAGAAUUGCUUCACCAACUGUCUGACAAACUUCCCGCACCAGGGAGAGCUCUUGUAGAUGUGCUGUUGCUAUCUUCUCACGCUCCCAAAUUGAAGGAUUGCAUUUCUGCAGUCGGUGCUUUCAAACAUCUCAAGGAAUGGCACACUGCCAAAAUAACCAUUGCUACAAAAGACGGCAAAGGGUGGCAAAAAAUGUCUAACUUUUUGUCUGCAAGUGUCAUACCCACUGAGACUCUUAAGUCCUUAAUCGACCCCCAGGAAUUAUGGAGAGGGGCAAUUGAGAUCCAUGAGAAAAAGUUUACAUCUGAAGUGGAAUUUCCAGAAUUUUGCAUACGUUCCUCUGAUAACACGGAUCGGCUCUGUAUCUCAGGACUCGGCCAUGUCAUUGAAGACAACACGGAUAAAAAGAGAAGCGUUUUAUCACCAGAGGUCUUCCACUACUAUGGUCCAUCGCUGAAGUUUGUCCAGAUGGUGGAAGUUUCACAAAUUCCUUCUUACUUUAUUUCAAAUUGUGUGUUUGAACUAUGUUUGACACAAAACUCUCAUCAUACAAAGUCCAAACUGAUGUUGAAUCAACUAUACUCCCUGACGGGAAAGGUUGCGGCUGUAUUUAUGUUACCAUGUAAUGUCUGCACUUUGCCUAAUCCACCUGCGCCUCAAUGUAGCUCAAGAAAGUGGAGAGAAUAUAUGUCCAGAAAACCUAAAGAAAUCAAGAUUCCAGAUGUCGAGCUAAAGGGGGAGAACUGUGGCUAUUAUUUCCUUGUCCAAAGCAAAGUUGAUGGAAUAUGUACAGCAACAAUGCUUCACUCUUCCAGUCAGAUUAAUGGUGCAGCGUCGUUCUCAUUAUUAUAUCAGAUGCUGAAUUCUACACACGAUGAGAACCAAAACAAAAUAAAUACACUGAGUUGUCUGCAGCAUUAUGACGGUGACACCAUUAUCAGGAGAGAACAAGCAGUGGAUCGGUGUCAGGCCUUAGCUGUUAAAGACUAUUUACAGAGGAGAGAAUCCUGCCAACAUUCAUCUCCUAGUAUCGCUGAUCUCAAGAAACUGUUGGUAUUGACACGAGAAGGUGUGUUUGACAUUUUUGAGACUUUAAACCAGACCACAAGCCGUGAUAAUAUGGAUGUUACCAGGACUGAAAUGGAUCCUGCAGACUCGGAUCAGGCAGCAUCCAAUCCAGCUGAAUGGCCAGAAAGAAAUGUUCUGCAGAAUCUGGAGAAUUUUGAGAAAAUGAAGCAAAGGAUAAGAGCCUCGAUCCUUCUUACCUCCGCAGACCAUUUUCUUGGGAGAAAAGACGGACAGAAGGAAGCAGUGACCUUGGAUGCUAAGGAGUUACUGAAAUAUUUCACCCCGCAAGGUUUAGCAAUUGGUGAGCUGCAGCCAUUACAGGUUCAGCGAGGAGAUAACCCAUUCCUUUUAACUCCGGAACUGACGCCAAGCAAACUGAAAGGGUUACCUUUUGAAAAAUCUGCUACCUACCAUUACCAUGGCCUGGAAUAUUGUCUCGAUAACCGAAAAGCUCUGGAUCGAGAUGUGGGGUUUACAGAGCUUCAGUCUCGCCUUAUUCGCUAUGAAACACAGACGACCUGUACGCGAGAGUGCUGCCCUAUUCCAUUUGCCUUAAGCCCCCUGGCCUCACCAGCUGUUCUUUCCGAGCCUGGCAGUGUGCCUGAUGGGGAAUCGUUACAAGGUGACCUCAGGGCAGAUCCAUUAAGGCUGAAAAGACGUUCAAAGGAACUUGAUGGACUGUACGCCAGCAAGAGAUUUGCAAAAUCUGAAAGCUCAGAUUCUCUGAUGUCUCACACAAGUGAAAGCAGUGGAUACCAGCAGCCGUGCAGGGUCACCAGGACGCGACCGGAAAAAGCUGUCUUUAUGUCUUCAACUCCACUUCCCAGCUCUCGAUCACAAUCGCUAUCGAGUAAACCAGCUCCGGCCAAGCAAAUUUCACAACCCGAGCAAGAGAACAAGGAGUCAAGAUCUCAAAAACACAACAGGAUGCUGAAGGAAGUGGUAUCGAAAACACUUGUAAAACACGGUAUUGCCGAAAACCACCCGUGCUUCCAAUCAUGCAGUCAGCGACUCUUUGAAAUCUCCAAAUUCUUCUUAAAGGAUCUGAAAACUUCAAGAGGUCUCCUGGAUGAAAUGAAAAGGGCCGCACAUAAUAAUGCCAAGCAGGUCAUUCAAUGGGAAUUGGAUAAGUCAAAGAAGAAAUGACACCAAGAGAAAUAUCUAAAUUGUAUU